AUGCUCUGCGUUGAUGGAAGAAGCAUCAUGGACGCGUUGAGAAGUACCUUAGCGGGCUGUUCUGAUUUACAACAACUAGAGAUCCUCACGGAUGUCCUGUUGGUCAGCCCAUCAGUAGACGAGAGACUAGCAGAAGUCAUUAGCGCUUCAUGGGACUACCUCUGUGAUCAACAUUUAUGGUCCCUAAAAUAUGAAAGUUUGCAACACUUCCGACAGAUUAUCAGUUACUCGAAGACCGUCAAACCCAUCAUUAGUCGCUUCAAGAAAUCGGACCGAAAGAAGAUGUCGUGCUUGGAAAUAGUGAAUCAAAAUUGGGGUCGAGCUCCCUCCGAGGUGAUACCUCCUGACCUUGCGCCCAUCACUUGGAGCAAGCAUCUACUGUGUCUAUUGGCGACACUCAGCAAGCGGCAGAGUAGCGACCAAGCCGUACCUUUACUCCAACAAAGCAUUCGCGAGAGACCCAGGAGAUCUCGCCAACAGAAGGGACUCAUCGCGAGCGACGUUCAAAGGGCAAUUGAUAAGGUUCUUCCAAGCGAGACGAGGGAUGCCCGACUGAAACCUUCCGCGUCUGGAGAGAUCGAGCCGUGUGUCGUCAACCAGUUAUUACACUGGGCACAGGCUGUGUCUUGGUCUAACAUAUGUGCGACCCACCUCCAGACUCUCGCCAGGUUGAGGUUUGGACCUUCGACGGUGACCUGGUCUCGCAGCAAAUCCAUCGAAAAAAUCGAAGAUUUGCUGAGUAGUUCUAGGAAGGAUGAGUAA